CAAAAUGAUAAUAGAAGAAUAUCAGAAAAAGCGAGACACCAAUAACUUGGAAGAGUUCUUUACUGGAAUAGAAAACAAGCUGACCUUUCCUUCAUUAGAUGAAAAGUCAAGAUUCAUUACUUGUCUUUUAAAUGACUUACAAGAAAAGAACUGGGAUGAAACAACUCAAGCAAAAGCACUGUCUACUAUCCGUAUUCUCGGUCGAGAUACAGCCGGAUCCGACCCCAUAUUUACCAAGGAGACAAUGCAGUUCUUCAUCAACCUAGCUGGACUACAUACAGACGAACCAAAAGAGACAGCCAGUUCAUGUGAAGCAUUAAAAUGUAUAGCCAACUCUAUUUAUUUAAAGCCUGAUUUAAAAGAAUGCCUUGACUCUGAAAUCAUCUCUCUUCAUAAACUUGUUCUUGGUGAUAAUCCUAGUCAAGACACGCAGUUUUUGGUAUGUCGAAUUUUGUUUUUUAUGACAGUCAAUCGAGCUGAUUUGGUUACACAAUUAAUCAAUGACAGCAUAGAGAAAACUCUUGAAAAGAUAUUGACGAGAAAUGUGUCUAUAUUGGAAAAACAAGAUAAGCCACUAGAGCAGCAGACCUUGAUUAACCCUGUAACAGUUACCAGUGAGGCAUUGAAACUGUUAUUCAAUCUUAUGCUUGUCGACUUGCGAAAUCAGACGGAUCCUCAGACUACAGCUGAACGCUUCAAACAAUGUCUUGUUCCCAUAUUUCAUAUUCUAUAUGAAAUCCCACCUGCUGAGCCACAGCCCAUGGUACCUCCUCACUCACAAGCAAUCCACGCGCUAAUGCAGUAUCCUUUUUCGGUUAUUCAAGAAGUUUGGAGAUCACAGACUGAAUGGACAAGUACUCUGUACAAUACUUUGGAAGAAGGAGUUCAAAUAACGGCCAAUCUGUUUUUUAAUUUGCUCAACAAGUCUGUGCACGCUUUGAUCCCUAAUGGAAAUCCAGAUGAUGAUGCUCUGGACCAUCAAUACCAGCAAAUUGAUUCAAUACUCUCCCCACUGUUACUUGUUAUUAGAACUUUGGCAGAGGGUAAUCCUGCAGUAAGAGAAUGCCUUGCCGAAAAGAUGUUGCCUAGUGAAGAAGAUCGACUUCGCCCUGUGCAUCAAGGCGAUAAAUUACCUGCAUACAUGAUAAGAUUGAUGACGAGCACAAUGCUACCUCAGACUAGAAAUGCUAUUUGUGAAACUUACUUUGUACUAUGCGAUGAAGAUGCAAACAAGUUUACACAACAAGUAGGCUAUGGCAAUGCAAUUGGCUUCUUGGUAAAUAAAGGAAUUCCCAUGGAACCACCAAAAGAUAGCAACUCGGGAAAUGACAACAUCAAUCCGAUCACAGGACAGUACCUAUCAGCAGAGGAUACAGGACCUUCAUUAGCAGAUAUGACAGAUGAAGAGAAAGAAAGAGAGGCCGAGAAAUUGUUUGUGUUGUUUGAAAGAUUGAAAAAGACAGGCAUAGUAGAUGUUGAAAAUCCAGUUGCCAAAGCUAUGAGAGAAGGCAAAUUGGAGGAAAUACAAGAUGAAGACUCAGAUAGUGAUUGAGCUUACUUUUUCUAAGGAGUAAAAGAGACCCCCUCCUUAAAGUAUACAGAAUAAAAAUUGGUAUACAGUUAUUCUUGUUUUUUUAUUUACUUUUUUGUUUUUCUUCUUUUUU